GAGUUCUGACCACAGGCUUUCAACUGUUUAAGAGAAGGGGAGCAAUCCCUCCCGCUCCCUCUUUGAGUGGUGCUCUCGAUCCCUCACUCUCUCUCUCUCUCUCUCUCUCUCGCCCGCUCACUCGCACUCUGGCUCUGCCUCCCGUUCUCCAGACCCAGCAUCAGUGUGCCCUGCUAGGUGGAUGGACUAGGCAGCCUACAGAGCAGGCGGACAGGACCGGUCAGAGGAUCUGUCAUCAUCCCCGAGGAAGAGCGACGGAGACAGACUCCCUGGAGAGACCAAUCUGAGCCACCCCAUCACGCCAGUGCACUGGGGGAUUGUUCAGCAGAAAGAGCGCUAGCAGUUUGUGAAGAGGAGCAGGGCCGUCCCAUCCCUCACACUUCCAAGUUCUUCCCAGCCGGACCUUCAGUCGCACGGGGACCAGCAUGAGGAAGGAGCCUUUUCUCCUGGGCUGCCUGGGGGUGGCGGCACUGCUCCAGCUCGCAGCCGCCGGCUUGGUCAGGAAGGUCAUCCGGCACCGGCGCGAGACCCUGUCCCCCCGGGCGACGGAAAACGUCUCGUUACCACACCCAGAUGAGCCGGUUGUCUUCAACCACGUCUACAACAUCAACGUGCCCUCGGGCUCUCUGUGCUCCGUGGACCUGGACUCCCCCAGCGGGACGGAGCUGAAGCCCAAGGCCGCCCCGCCAGAGCUGCCCGCCACCGAGCACACGCUGGACGGCGACAACCAGAUCGUCUUCACACACCGCAUCAACAUCCCACGGCAGGCCUGCGCCUGCGACAGCCACCUGCCCAGCCUGAAGGAGCUGCUGAAUCGCAUCGAGGCGCUGGAGGGGGAGGUGUCGAGCCUGAGGGAGCAGUGCGGCAGUGGGGUCGGCUGCUGCGGAGUGCACGCUACCGGUGAAGUGGGCAUCAAACCCUACUGCAGUGGCCAUGGCAACUACAGCACAGAGACGUGCGGGUGUGUGUGUGAGCCUGGCUGGAGGGGCGCCAACUGCUCAGAGGCCGAGUGUCCCAACGACUGCCAGGACCAGGGCCGUUGCAUCGACGGUAAGUGUUACUGCUUCGUGGGCUUCAAAGGUGAAGACUGCAGCAUUGAGGAGUGCCCCGUGGACUGCGGGGACAACGGCCAGUGUGUGGAUGGCGCCUGCUUGUGCAUCGAAGGCUUCUCUGGCGAGGAUUGCUCGCAGACCAACUGCAUAAACAACUGCCUGGGUCGCGGCCGCUGCGUGGAGGACGAGUGCGUCUGCGACGAGCCCUGGACGGGCUUUGACUGCUCUGAGCUCAUCUGCCCCAACGACUGCUAUGACCGCGGCCGCUGCGACAACGGCACCUGCUACUGCGAUGACGGCUUCACUGGCGAAGACUGCGGCGAGCUCACCUGCCCGGGGAACUGCAACGAACGCGGCGCCUGCGUUGAUGGCAAGUGCGUGUGCACCACGGGCUACACUGGCGAGGACUGCUCCAAGAUGACCUGCCUGAACGACUGCAACGAGCGCGGCCACUGCUUCAACGGCAUGUGCGUGUGCGAUCCCGGUUACCAGGGAGACGACUGCAGCGAAAUCGCCUGCCCGGACAAUUGCAACAACAGGGGGCGCUGUGUGGAUGGCAAGUGCGUCUGUGAUACCGGCUUCCAGGGUGAUGACUGCGCUGAGCUCUCCUGCCCCAACGACUGCCUGGGGCGCGGGCGCUGCGUUGAUGGACAGUGCGUGUGCGACGAGGGCUUCACCGGUGAUGACUGCGGCACCCGCACCUGCCCUGGUGACUGCUACGGCCGUGGAGACUGCGUGGACGGCACCUGCGUCUGCUAUGUCGGCUACACUGGGACGGACUGCGCUGAGCUCUCCUGUCCCAAUGACUGUCUGGGGCGCGGGCGCUGUGUCGACGGCCAGUGCGAGUGCGAUGAGGGCUUCACUGGCGAGGACUGCAGUGAGAGGACAUGCCCAGGCAACUGCCUGGACCGCGGCCGCUGCGAGGAUGGCCGCUGCAUCUGCAUGCAGGGCUAUGCCGGCGACGACUGCUCCGUGCUCACCUGCCCGGGGAACUGCAAUGACAAGGGGCGCUGCGUCGGCGGCCAGUGCAUCUGUGAUGAGGGCUUUACUGGUGAUGACUGUGGUGAGCUGGCCUGUCCCAACAACUGCCUCGACAGGGGGCGCUGUGAGAACGGGCAGUGUGUUUGCCAGGAGGGCUACAUCGGCGAAGACUGCUCCCAAGUCUCUCCAGCCAAGGACCUCACCAUAACCGAGGUGACCACCGAGACGGUGAACCUCACCUGGAUCAACGAGAUGGUGGUGACUGAGUACCUCAUCACCUACGUGCCCACGGCGCCGGGGGGGCUGCAGCUGGACAUGCGUGUGACAGGAGACCAGCAGGCCACCACCAUCAGGGAGCUGGAGCCCGGCGUGGAGUACCUGAUCAGCGUCUACGCCAUCCUCAGCAACCAGAGGAGCGUGCCCGUCAGUGCCAGGGUGGCCACACAUCUUCCCGAGCCUGAAGGUCUGAAGUUCAAGUCCAUAAGGGAGACGUCUGUGGAAGUCCAGUGGGAUCCCCUGGACAUCGCUUUUGAUGGCUGGAAUCUCAUUUUCAGGAACACGAAGGAGGAAGGCGAGGAGAUUCUGAACACGCUUGGGCGGCCGGACACCAGCUUUGAGCAGUCUGGCCUGGCCCCCGGGCAGGAGUACGAGGUCAGACUGCACGUGGUGAAGAACAAGACUCAGGGGCCUGCAGCCAGCAAGAAUGUCUUCACAAAGAUCGACAGCCCCAGCCAGGUUGAGGUACGUGACGUCACGGAUUCCACGGCCCUGAUCACCUGGUUCCGCCCACUGGCCCAGGUGGACGGCAUCACUGUGUCCUAUGGACCCAGCACGGACCUCGAAGACAGACAGACUGUGGAGCUCCCAGCCACGGACAGCCAGUACCACAUGGACAACCUGCAACCCGACACCACAUACAAAGUGUCCCUGACAUCCAGGAAGGGGCAGGCCACCAGUGACCCCACAUACGGCACCUUCCUCACAGACCUGGACGCCCCCCAGGAGUUGCAGACAGUGACCCAGACGGACGAGAGCAUCACCCUGGAGUGGAGGAACAGCAGGGCCAGCGUGACAGGCUACCGUGUCAAGUAUGGGCCCAUCUCCGGGGGGGCGCACGGCGAGGUCAUGUCCCACAGCGGACAGCAGGACAAAACCCAGACCACCAUCACAGGUCUCAGGCCUGGGACGGAGUACGGCAUGGGGGUGACGGCGGUAAAAGACGAGCGUGAGAGCCUGCCUGCCACCACCAAUGCAGCCACUGACAUCGACGCCCCCAAGGACCUGGAAGCCAGCGAGGCGACGGAGAACACGCUCACGCUCAUCUGGAGAAGACCCAUUGCCAAGUUCAGCCUCUACCGGCUGGUCUAUAUGUCAGCGGAUGGCAGGAGGGCGGAGACUGAGCUCCCCGCUGGCAUCGUCACGGAGACCCUGAGGGACCUGAGCCCGGGGAUGCUGUAUACCGUCACGCUAACAGCAGAGAGGGGCGGGAGGAAGAGCCGCCCCGCAACCCUGUCCGCCUCCACAGAGGAGGAGAAGCCGCAGGUGGGCGAUCUCACCAUCUCAGACGUGUCCUGGGACAGCUUCAAUGUGUCCUGGCGGUCGGAGGAGAGGGCCUUGGAAGGCUUCCUGGUGGAAGUGUUGGAUUCGGAGGAGGGGGCCACCAAUGAAGGCCGGAACCACAGCCUGCCUGCUGAGGCCCGGAGCAUAGGCAUCACCCAGCUGGUCCCCAGCACCCUGUACACCAUCAGCCUGUACGGGAAGUACCGAGGUUCCCUCUUAGAUCCUGUCACCACGGUGGCUCUUACAGAGGCUGAGCCAGAGGUCGAUCACCUUUUUGUGAAAGACAUCACUCCGGACAGCUUCCACGUGUUCUGGACCACCAACAAGAACAUCUUCGACAGAUUUAUCAUUAGGAUUCGGGAUUCUGAAGGAGUCCAGGAGAUGCAGGAGUUGACCGCUUCGGGCAGUGAAAGUAGCAAAGUGCUGAGCGGCCUUGCUGAAGGGACAGAGUACAGAAUCGAGAUCUACGGGGAGAUUCUGGGAUGGCGUUCCCAGCCUGUCACCAGUGAAGCUCAAACAGGUCUCGGCACCCCUAAGGGCAUCCGCUUCUCGGACGUCACCGACACCUCAGCCACCGUACACUGGACUGCGCCUCGCACCCGUGUGGACAGAUUCCAGGUCACCUACGUCCCGGCCCAGGGAGGAAGUCGAAAGGCGGUGACAGUUGAUGGCACAGAGUCCCAUACUGUCCUGGCCAGUCUGACGCCCGGUGUGACCUACCAGGUGACAGUUAUCACUGUGAAGGGUCAGGAGGAGAGCCAGCCAGGGACCGACUUCGUCACCACAGCUCUGGACAAGCCCAGCGGACUCACCGCCACCAACGUCACCGACACCGAGGCCCUGCUGCUGUGGCAGCCAGCGGUCGCCAACGUUGACGGCUACGUCAUCACCUACAGCGCUGACACAGUUUCUCCAGUGAUGGAUCGUGUGUCCGGGAAUGUGGUGGAGUAUGAGAUGACCUCUCUAAACCCUGCCACACACUACACUGUCAAGGUGUAUGCCUACAGAGAUGCUCACAAGAGUGCUGCCACGACCACAGAAUUCACCACGGAUGUGGAUGCUCCCCAGGACCUGGAAGCAAACAACAUCCAGACAGAGAGUGCCGUGCUGAGCUGGAGAGCCCCCCGCGCUGACAUCACCGGCUACAUCCUGAGCUUCGAGUCUGCUGACGGCAUCAUCAGGGAGGUGGUGCUGAGUCCCACGGCGACCUCCUACAUCAUGACGUCACUCAGCGCCUCCACUGAGUACAAGGUGCGGCUGCAGGCCCUGGCCGGACCCAAGCGGAGUCGCCAUGUUACCACCACCUUCACCACCACUGGUAUACUGUACAGGCAUCCUAGGGACUGUUCCCAAGCCCUCCUGAAUGGAGACACCACCUCUGGCUUGUACACCAUCUAUCUGGGUGGGAAGGAGGAACAAGCAUUGCGCGUUGUCUGCGACAUGACAACUGACGGAGGCGGCUGGAUUGUGUUUGUCAGGCGCCAGAGUGGAAACCUAGAAUUCUUCCGGAACUGGAAGAACUACACCAUAGGCUUCGGAGACAUGAAUGAUGAAUUCUGGCUUGGUCUAGAGAAUCUGCACAAGAUCACAUCUGCCAGCCAGUACGAGCUGCGCGUGGACCUCCGCGACAAGGGAGAGAACGCCUACGCCCAGUACGACCGCUUCAGCGUCUCCGAUCUCCGCAGCCGUUACAAGCUACACGUGGGCGGCUACAGUGGCACUGCUGGUGACUCAAUGACCUACCACCAGGGUCGCCCCUUCUCCACCUACGACUUUGACAAUGACAUUGCCGUGACCAACUGCGCCCUGUCAUACAAGGGCGCCUUCUGGUACAAGAACUGCCACCGCGUCAACAUCAUGGGACGGUACGGGGACGACAGUCACAGCAAGGGUGUCAACUGGUUCCACUGGAAAGGCCACGAGCACUCGAUCGAGUUCGCUGAAAUGAAGAUCAGGCCAUCCAACUUUAGGAACUUAGAGGGAAGGAGGAAAAGAUCGUAAAAGGCCGCUGACGCCCUGAUGCUCCGUCUCCUCCUCCAUAGCCCGUCUGCUCACCUCUGCCUAUGCUCAGUCUACACUCCUCCCCACCCAGGGUUACCAAAGCCACUGCAAAAAGCCCCGCCCACCUCCACUGUCAUCCCUCCAAUCAGGCGACUGCCUGAAAAUGCCGAUUCAAGCAGCAUAUCUCGUUCCCACUUGAGUAGGCUGGGUUCCCUCAGAGAGACACAUUAUGAGAAAAUACAACUUUGCUAAUAUCACAUGAUGCACCGUGAACCCUCAUCCUAUCCCAAAAACAUUUAUAAAUCAAUUGUGAGGUAUAACAGACACUUCUGAUUUGACCAGAAGUGGGCAAUUCAGGUCCGGAAAGUAAAAGUUCAAACCAAAAUUUUAUUUCAACCAACCCGCUGAGUAUAAAGAGUUACAGUCACAGAGUACUCAACUACUUGGUUGAAAUGAAAUCUUGGUCUGGACUCUUUGGACCUGGACUAACCACCUCUGGAUUUGACGGCAUGUCAUUUUUAAUAUUCCUGCUAACUCGAUUGGCUGAAUGCGUCGAACUUGGUUUAGCCUCAGUGCUGAAGUCCAGAAUUAAUCAAUCCAAAUUGUGCGACAAGACCUUUGACAAAACCCAAUUGACUAAUCAUGACACAGAAGUCACAGCUGCCACACAGCUCUCUUGUUUCAUGUGAGUCUUGUCCUGUCAGAGUAUUUUCAUUCAUAAAUGCACGUGGAAAAAACCCACAACAAAAGAUUUUUUCCAAAUGAAUUGAGAGUGGGGUGUAAAUGCUUCAGGGUUGGUGUUUUUUAAAUUUAUGAAAAAAGAGAAAAAAACAGUUUGGUGUUUUCUGUAAUCCAGUGGUGCUUGUUGUGAUGUUGUCGAAGAAUUAGCCCCAUCCUGGCUGUGCCAGUCAUCACGUAAUGCCAGUCAUCACGUCAUGCCAGUCAUCCCAUCAUGUCAGUCAUCUCAUCAUGCCAGUCAUCUCGUCAUGCCAGUCAUCUCGUCAUGUCAGUCGUCUAUUUUGUUCUCCCUCUUAACUUACUAAAAAAAAGAAAAAGAAAACUGGACUGAAGCCAAAGCGUGUUCCAGUUUGUUUCUUCAUCACACAUUGUUAACCCUCCGGGAGGGCGGUACUGAGUUCUCAUCUGCAUCCGUCUGUGCGACCUCAGCCCUACCUCCCACCUCCAUGGAAAUGUAAGACAAAAGAUGGCGUGCAGCCCCUAGGCGCUGCUGUGAGAGCGGCGCGUCAGGAGGCUGUCGGGCGGAACUGGGGCUAAAAGAAGUACUGAGUGACCGCCCGCUGUUAUCUGACCUACUGUUUCUUCUUAUUCCACACUAAACUGCAAAGAGAAUUCAAGUUUACAUCGCUUUGCAAUUACUGUCCUUCACUUUCAAGGUAUUGGCUUCAGGGCACAGAAAAAAAAAAAUA